UCUCUCUCUCUGUCUCUCCCGGGAGCUCCCUAAACCGGAAGGAUUGAGACCCUAAACCCUGUCUCUCCCCACCCACUCUCUCGCGCUCGCCCUCUUUCUCGUUCCCCCACUCACUGCUUGCUACCUCCUUCGCAGCAGCAGCAGCAGCAACGCUCAAACUUACACAGACCAAGAGGGGACAGCCUGCGUGCCAUUCUUCCUCGCAACGCUCCUCCCACUCCCUCCUCAUUCCCCUCUCACCUCCCCGUUUUUCCCCUCCUCCUAGCACAUCCUCUCUAACCCUGUAUCACCCGUCAUGAGGCCGCCUCUGCGUGGAGGUCGCGGCGGGGGCGGAGGUUUCCGUGGUGGAGGCGCUCGAGGAGGAGGCCGCGGAGGCUUUGGAGGCCGCGGUGGCUUUGGAGGUCGUGGUGGUUACGAUGAAGGGCCUCCAGAAGAAGUCGUCGAGGUUGCCUCAUACCUGCAUGCUUGCGAAGGAGAAGCAGUCACGAAGCUGACGAACGAGAAAAUUCCCUACUUCAAUGCUCCCAUUUACUUAGAAAAUAAGUCCCAAAUUGGGAAGGUGGAAGAGAUAUUUGGUCCUAUCAAUGAGGCUAUGUUUUCUGUGAAGAUGCAAGAGGGAAUUAUUGCAACUUCCUAUAAGCCCGGUGACAAGUUCUAUAUCGACCCUGCCAAAUUGCUCCCACUGACUCGGUUUUUACCUCAGCCUAAGGGAUCAACUCCUGGAGGGGGCAGGGGCGGUAGAGGUGGAGGUCGUGGAGGGCGAGGUGGAGCAAGGGGUGGCGGUCGCGGAGGAUUUGGUGGACGUGGUGGAGGAGGAUUUCGGGGUGCUCGAGGUGGCGGUGGUGGUAGAGGUGGUUUUGGAGGUGGGGGCGGCGGUAGAGGUGGCGGUUUUGGAGGUCGGAGUGGUGGGGGCUUCAGAGGAAGAGGUCGUUCGUAGUUUUGACCAAGUGCAUAUCUCAAUCCGUCCUUUUAGAUCUCUGGUCAACGAGUCUAAGUAGGUUCUAUACGUUUGGGUUGGUGAUGGAUUUGCCACAUCUCUUAAUUAUUUCAUGCAAAUUGAGCACAAAUUUUGACCAUUCUGUAGAACCCACUACCAUAUAAUUGCAUUACCACUCACGCUAGGGAAUCUAAAUUCUAAUGAGUGUAUUCUGGUAUUCCGAGAUUUGAGCUCUUGCCAGAAAGCCGGUAGGGUUGACACUAAAAGGGUGGACCUGUGAGUUCAUAUCGAGCACUUUUCGCAAGUUCACGGUGUGCAUACAGAUCUGGUUGGCCGCAUACUCCUCAGAUCGUAAUUCGAACGGCCAUCUCUGCGUAUGUCAAUUAUGGCAUCUUCCGCAAGGAGGGCUAAUAUCACUCUAUUUUACGCAGAUUUUGAAAUGUCAUUGCUGUUUUGUUA